AUGCCAAACGGUCGUAAACGUGCAGAACGCGCUCGUAAAGAGCGUGAAGCAUUGUUAAUAUCCAAUCGAUUUAAUAAUUCUUCUAGAGAAUCAUUAACAUUAGAUCAACUUCGUUCAAUUCAUUUUACGCAUAUUUAUAUUCAUCCAACAUUUGGUAAUACAAAAUUUAUGACUGUAUUUGAAGUAUAUUUUGCUAUAAAAUAUAAUUUAAUGAAUCUAUAUCGAUUAACACCCAUUCGUAUAUUUGAAUAUGAAGGUCAGUUAUGGAGUGUUGAUAAUCGCCGAUUGUGGGUUAUGCAUCAGAUAAAUAAUUGGCAUAUAGAAGGUCCAUAUAAUGAAUCUCAAUCAUCGACUCGUUUUCAAGAACUUAUUAAGAAACACCGCGGCUUAAAAGGUACAUCUGGUGACGAGGUUCGAUUUUGUCGUGAGGCUCCCUGUGAAUGUUGUGUUGAUGCAUGGAAUAAUCAAUUAUUAGAUGAACAUAUUGCUACAAUUCAUUUAAAUAUGACACUUGAUGAAAUUAAAAAUUUAUCAAAAUGUAUUUUACAUUAUCAAACACAUGAACAAUGUAAUUGUGUAGGAAAUGAUGAACCAAAUUGUUUUACACUUUCAGCAAUGAUUUAUGCUCGUCAACAAAGAAUUAUUAAACUUCAACAAAAUAAUCAAGACAUUAUUGAUGAUCAACAGAUAAAAGAUGACAAUGUAGGAAUAAGAAAUAAAUAA